UCCGCCGUGCGUGACGCUCCCGCCAGUGCCCAACAUGGCGGCGGGCGGCGGCGGCGGCAGCGGCGGCUGUGAGGGGACCCCGUUAUCCCCGGGCCCGUUCCUGCCGCCGCUGCUGCUGCUGCUGCUGCUGCCGCUGCCCUGCGCCUCCAUCCCCGCUCCCGACACCGUGGUGCUGGGGCUGCGCCUGGAGGAGAGCUCCAAACCGGCCGAGGCGGCGGCGGUAGCGGCGGCGGGGGCGGCCCGCGGGCCCAUCCGCCUCACGGAAGGCAGCGAGGCCUUGCUCCGCCUCUACGGGCUGGGCUUAGGCCCCGGCGCCGCCGAACGAGUGGCUUUCGCCGAGCUGCGAGCGGGAGGCAACGCUUCGAGCGGGAACUCCACGUGCCAGGAGCGAUCGCAGGAUCUGCUGGUGAGGCCCGGGCCCGCCGAGCCCCGCGACACCUCCGCGCUGCUCCGGGUGAGGGUCCAGCCCCUCCGCAAGGACGAGCGCAUCAAAACCUACGUGUUGUGCUCUCAACGCCGGCCCGGCCAGCCCUGGCUGCCGCACCAAGGCUUGGAUGGACACGUGGUGGUUCUGGAGGAGAAGAAAUCGCUGCUGCCGCUGUGGUUGCAGGUGAUUCUGAUCGCGGCGUUGUUGGUGCUGUCGGGGAUGUUCAGCGGGCUCAAUUUGGGGUUGAUGGCGUUGGAUCCCAUGGAGCUGCGGAUCGUGCAGAACUGCGGCACGGAUAAGGAGAAGCGUUACGCCCGCAGGAUCGAGCCCAUCCGGAGGAAAGGGAAUUAUCUGCUGUGCUCGCUGCUGUUGGGCAACGUGCUGGUCAACACCACCCUCACCAUCCUGCUGGACGAUCUCAUCGGCUCCGGCAUCGGCGCCGUGGUGGCCUCCACCAUCGGCAUCGUCAUCUUCGGGGAGAUCGUGCCGCAGGCGCUCUGCUCCCGGCACGGGCUGGCCGUGGGCGCCAACACCAUCGUGGUCACCAAGUUCUUCAUGCUGGUGACGUUCCCGCUGUCCUUCCCCAUCAGCAAACUCCUGGAUUGCAUCCUGGGCCAGGAGAUCGGCACCGUCUACAACCGGGAGAAGCUGGUGGAGAUGCUGAAGGUGACGGAGCCUUACAACGACCUGGUGAGGGAGGAGCUGAACAUGAUCCAGGGAGCGCUGGAGCUGCGCACCAAGACGGUGGAGGACGUGAUGACCCCGCUGCAGAACUGCUUCAUGAUCAACAGCGACGCCAUCCUGGACUUCAACACCAUGUCUGAGAUCAUGGAGAGCGGCUACACGCGCAUCCCGGUCUACGAGGACGAGAGGUCCAACAUCAUGGACAUCCUCUACGUCAAGGACCUGGCCUUUGUGGAUCCCGAUGAUUGCACGCCCCUCAAAACCAUCACCAAGUUCUACAACCACCCCGUGCACGUGGUUUUCCACGACACCAAGCUGGAUGCCAUGCUGGAGGAGUUCAAAAAGGGGAAGUCCCACCUGGCCAUCGUGCAGAAGGUGAACAACGAGGGCGAGGGCGACCCCUUCUACGAGGUUCUGGGGCUGGUGACCCUGGAGGACGUCAUCGAGGAGAUCAUCAAAUCCGAGAUCCUGGAUGAAUCCGACACCUACAUCGACAACCGCAGCAGGAAGAGGGUGUGCAACCAGAAGAACCGGCGCGACUUCUCGGCCUUCAAGGACCCCGACAACGAGCUGAAGGUCAAGGUGUCACCUCAGCUCCUGCUGGCCGCCCACCGCUUCCUGUCCACCGAGGUGACGCUCUUCACCCCCAACUUCAUCUCGGAGAAGAUCCUGCUGCGGCUCCUGAAAUAUUCCGACGUCAUCCAGGAGCUGAAGUUCGACGAGGAGAACAAGAAAUCGCCGCGGCACUUCCUGUACUGCAAGAACAAACCGGCCGACUACUUCAUCCUCAUCCUGCAGGGCAAGGUGGAGGUGGAGGCUGGCAAGGAGUGCAUGAAGUUUGAGGCGGGAGCGUUCUCCUACUACGGGGUGAUGGCUCUGAGCCCCCCGCCGGGAUCUGAGCUCCGUUCCCCGUCCCACACCAGCGGCCUGAACCGCUCGGCGUCGCUGAGCUACCACGAGCGCUCGGAUUCGGGCUCGUCGCCGGUCAGCGGCAGCACCAACGCGCUCAGCGGCGCCGGCGCCGCGCCCUACGUGGCCGAUUUCAGCGUCCGCGCCCUCAGCGACCUCCAGUUCGUCAAGAUCACGCGGCAGGAGUACCAGAACGGGCUGCUGGCCUCGCGCAUGGACAGCUGUCCCCAGUCCCCCGACAGCGCCGCGCCCAAAGCGGAGCCGGGGAUCCCGGAGCGGCCGGAGCCGCCGGCGCCGGCGGACGAAACCACGAGUUUGCUCAACGAGAGGAACUGCCUGAGCCGCCGGAGCAACCACAGCGGCCUGGAGAAUUCCAUCUGAGCCCGGAGAGCCGGGAGGGAGCGGCCGGAGCCGGGAAUCGCCGCCGUUCCCGGCCGCGUGGCUCCCGGCGUGGACGGGAGCGGCGCCAUCUCCGCCGGCGCGGCGCCGACGGCUCAGGGAGCUUCGGGUGCGGGGCUGCCGCCCUGGGGACCCCCGGGAUGGGGAUCCCAACCCUGCCAGAGAUCCAGGAUGGAGAUCCCAACCCUGCUGGGAAUCUGGGAUGGAGAUCCCAACCCUGCCAGAGAUCCAGGAUGGAGAUCCCAAUCCUGCUGGGAUGGAGAUCCCAACCCUGCUGGAGAUCCACAAUGGGGAUCCCAAUCCUGCCAGAGAUCCAGGAUGGCGAUCCCAACCCUGCCAUGAUCCUGGGAUGGGGAUCCCAACCCUGCUGGGAAUCUGGGAAUGG